AUGAUCAUGUCAGUGCCCUGCUUCCUUUGUGGCAAGAUCGUGGGCAACAAGUGGGAGUCCUACCUGGGGCUGCUGCGGGCAGAGUACACCGAAGGGGAUGCCCUGGAUGUACUGGGUCUAAAGUGCUACUGUUGCCGUUGGAUUGUGCUGGUCCAUGUAGACCUGAGAGAGAAGCUUCUGAAUUACAUGCCCCGGGAGAAGUGA